AUGAACACGCCAGUAGAUUCCUUUGGCAUGCCUUUGCGCACCUGCAGCGCUGCUCCACGUUUUGGAGGUGACUACACCCAACUGGUCAACUUCCUGGAGUCAGUAGAACGACUCGCGCAACCACUUGGGCUGUCAGAUAAGGACAUCAUCAAGUAUGCCUUGAAGUAUACUGCGCCUAACGAGAGAGAGCUGUUUCAGUACUACAAAGGUAACAACUACGAAGAGUUCGCUAAUUCCGCCUUGUUCAUGUACCCAGAAUGUGGCAUUGAGCGCCGCUAUACACGCCCUACUAGCGCGCAAUCCACUAUUCCGCUUCCGCCCCUUGAAGCGCACCAUGAAGCGCCACUCGUAGGCGCACCUCAGCAACCAGAACGCGCCUUAGAUCAGCCAGCAGUUGCAGUCAUGGCGCCAAGUACAACGAAACACGCGAAACCAUUCCCCUUCCGCCUACUCCAGCAUCGCCUACAGUGGCUCAAAAACUGUCCGCAUGUUUUGACAUUUUUCACUAUCUAUGAUAUUGUUAUGGCUUCAGGGCUUUUAUUUGAGCCCUACACCGUGGGAAUCGGCGGAGAUAUGGUGGAGAUAUAA